AAACGGUAUGAAGUAAAGUGAGAGUAGCUGUGUAAAUUUAUUGGCCUUUAAUUCGCUUUCAAGCGUCUUUUACCAUCUCAAAUAUUACAAAAAAUAAAAAAAUAAUCGCAAAUCGUACAGAUUAUAUUUUUUAACUCCAUUAAAGAAUAUAAUUCGCGAGAAAAGUUCGAGUGUGUCUCUAUAAAUACACGACGAUUACAGCAGCAGUAACAACAACAACAACAACAAUACAAGGAAGAAAAGAGAAGAAAUUCUUUAACUUCCCCGAAAAAAAAAAUACAAAGGAAAAAAAUCAAAUGUUCACAUUAAUGGAUACAUGCUCACCAAUUAUUCUUUGCACGAAGAAGGAAUCAGCUCGCAUCAGCAGCAACACAGCAGGAUUAUAGUCACUUUUUUUUCUCACACUCAUCCAAGGAAAUAAAUUAAAAUAGUAAUCAAGUCACCAUCACAACUCUACAAAAAAAGUAAAAAAUCGUCAACCAGCCAUAAGAAAAUAGUGUGAUAAAUGUUUUAAUUGUAUCGUUUUACUACAACAACAACAACAAGGGAAUUAGCCAACUAAAUCUCUCAGAAAGCCAGGAAGCUAUUAUUAUUCUCAGCAGAGUUUCGAUAGAGUUUCCACAAGUCAAGUCAGUUCAAGCAGCUUACAUACAUUUUUGCUACGCAACAAAUCGUACGAGACGGUGUAUCUGUGCCACACACUUACAUCAGCAUUUUGUCAAAGUAUUAGUAGAGAAAAGGAGGAAAAUAUAAUAAUAUUUACAACAACAACUACUCAGCACAAUGAAGGAACGUAUAAUUGAGGAAGAAAAAACCCAUCUCGACACGAUUCAAGAUUCACAUCUUGACGUUACGCGGUACAGCAGCGAGGAAAUGUCGGGAAAUGAGUCGAAGCCGAUGACGGAGGUUGAUCGGCAGGCGGAGAUGAAUCGGCACAAGGAGGAGAUGAAACGUAAGCGUCGUCGGAAGAAGCGUACAAGCUCGUCCAUGCAGUCGUCAUGUUUUCAAGAACUGUACAAACUAACGGGCGAAAUUCUGGGUGAAGGAGCGUACGCAUCCGUGCAAACGUGCAUCAACAUUUACACGGAUCUCGAAUAUGCCGUCAAGAUAAUUGACAAAAUUCCGGGGCAUGCACGUGCUCGUGUCUUCCGCGAAGUCGAAACGUUCCAUCAUUGCCAAGGGCACCCCAACAUCUUGCAGUUGCUCGAAUUCUUCGAAGACGAGGAAAAAUUCUACCUUGUCUUCGAGAAAAUCAACGGAGGCCCGCUUUUGACGCGCAUCCAGGAAAACGUUUGUUUCUCGGAAUACGAUGCCGCACAAAUUAUCAAGGAAAUUGCGUCGGGCUUGCACUUUUUGCAUAAAAAGGGCAUCGCGCAUCGCGACUUGAAACCCGAAAAUAUUCUGUGUGUCAGCCCCGAAACGUUGUGCCCCAUCAAAAUUUGCGACUUUGAUCUCGGAUCGGGCAUCAAGUUUACAACGAAUGUCGCGUCGCCAGCUGCAACUCCACAAUUAUUGACACCGGUCGGCAGUGCCGAAUUUAUGGCCCCAGAGGUCGUGGAGUUGUUCGUUGGCGAGUCGAAUCAUUAUGACAAACGCUGUGAUUUGUGGUCUCUCGGUGUCAUCGCCUACAUCUUGCUCUGUGGCUACCCGCCAUUCUCGGGUAAUUGCGAGCAAGAUUGCGGAUGGAAUCGCGGCGAAAAUUGCCGUCAGUGCCAGGAAUUGCUUUUCGAGUCAAUUCAAGAGGGGCGCUUCAAUUUCCCCGAGAACGAAUGGGAAGAUGUGAGCGACGAAGCAAAAGACCUCAUUUGCGGACUUUUGGUGAAGGAAGCUCCGAAACGCCUGAGUGCCGAAGCCGUAUUGAAUCAUCCGUGGAUCAAGAUGAUGGAGGAUGAGACAACGGCGAAAAAUACUCCCGCAAGACGUCAUCGUGCCCUGAAAACGCCAGGAAACAUUCGACGCAAUCAGUCAGCACUUGAAUUAUCGCAUUUUGCCGAGUCGGCAAUGGCUGUGAAACGUGUGAUUUUACAACAUUUCUCCAUGCGUUACGACUACAUGACUCCAUUGGAACGCCCGAACAUCUACGAGCCCUCGACUGGCGACGUGGAUGAGCAAACUUGUGGCCAAAAUACUAUCAUCGAAAACAAUCAGCAAGAAGGAAUUGAAUCCGAGGAGGAAGAAAAUCCAACAAAACCAACAACAACAACAAUUUCAACCCCCGAGAUGACGUACUCCAAGGAAAUGGAGCAAAAGGAAGCUUACGAGGCAGAAGCGGAAGACGAGGCAGAAGACGAGCCCAUGGGAGCAACGGGCAACGAAAACUCUUCGUUGUAUCUCAAUACAACACAAACCAAGCCAGUUUCGCCUCGUUCGCCAGCCAGCAACGAAAAUCCUCCCGAAGAGAAAAGACGCGGGCUCGAAAGUAUCGUCGAGAUCAAGGACAAGCUCCCGAUGUCGAACAACGAAUUUCCGUUGAAUGGCAUGGGAUGGCGCCAACGCCCUGCUUCCGUCAAGUCGCAGUCAACGAACGAUUCCAAUUUUCGCGGCGGAAAUGGGGGCUACCAGCAAAAUUGGGACGAAAUACCGCCGGAAGAGAAUUGGCGCUAUCGCAGCAAUUCCGUAGAUGAGCAUUACUCGUCGUCGUCCUACAACAAAAAUCGCCGCGCCACGAACGCAGGAGGAGGUACCAACAAACGUAAUUACCCACAAUUGCAACCGCAUCACCAUCAGUACAAUAAUCGCUAUAAUAAUUACUACAACAAUCGCAAUUAUUUUAAUAAGUAUGGAAGUAGCAAUAAGGACAACAACGCGUGGAAUUAUGAGCAACAGAGUUUCGUCGAGGCGCCCGAAGAGGUCUCGUCGUGGCGUUGUCGUUACAAUUCCACAAAUAACGCAUAUUCCGACAACCAUCAUGCACGAUCGAACAAUAUGCAAAUUUAUUCCUCUGGAAAUUGUGGCAGAGGCGACAAUGGCGGAUGGCCCGCUGCACGUCAAAUGAUGAUCCGCAAUGCAGGCAACGGAAGCGCCGACUCCAAUGGCUCUUCAUCUGCCUCGUCGUCGCCUAAUGACACGGAUUGCUAUGUCGUUGGCUUAUCUCCGCCGACGGAAAGCCUUCUGAUGCAACGUCGUUUACGCAAUCGCCCCUCAGGAGCCGCCGCGGGAAUCGCCAUCGUCUCACAAAGUGGCUAAAAAACACAAAAAAAUAAAAAAAAAGUCUCUCCAGAAAAGUGCUACUACAGUCAGUACCAUAAUUAAAAGAGGAAUAUGAGAAACGUGAUAUAAAAAAUUUUCUUUUGUUCUUAUCUUCUUAUGUUUCUUGUUUAUAAAUUUAGAGAAAAAAAAUUUUUUUUUUGUAUAAAUGAAGAAAGUCAGAAGAAAAAUGCCUUCAAGCCAACAUUAACGGAUAUUUUUUUAUAUAUUUUUUAAAAAUUUGAAUUUACUCCUUAAAUAAUUUUUUCCUUUCUUUAAUUCUUAAAAAUUUAAUUGAAUAAAUCUUGAGACUUUCUAUUCGAGUUUUCAAUAAAAAAAAAAACAUGCAAGUCCACAAAAGAAACAUUUUCUAAGAAAUAGUUUUUAAGGGAAUUCUAUUAAUCAACUAAAAUUAAAAGAAGAAAAAAAAAUAACUUACGUAUAUAAAAGUAACGAUAAUUAUAAAAAACAGAAAAAAACAAUGAGAGAAAGUUAAGCAAAAAAAAAAACAAAAAAAAAAAUCAUAAACACCAUU